UAAAUGUUUUUGACAUCAUUUAGCCACUGAAAGUCUAAUUAAGAAUAUACAUAAAAAAAAUAUCUUUUGAGUUUAGUUUAAAAGUAGAAAAAAAAUAUAAUUAAUAUGUCCCCGAUUUUUUUAGUUUUACUUUUUGUCACUGUUAUCUCUGCCAAUGGAAAUGAAAAUUUAUUACCGUUUAUAAUUCUUCCCCCACAAAUUACCGCAUGUGGACCAAAUGGAGUUUUGAGUGAUUGUGCAUCAAGGUGUCCAUUAAAAUGUAGUAAUUACAGGGAAUCUAAACCACGUUUUUGUACCGAUGAUUGUGUAAAAGGAUGUAAAUGUCAUCCAGGUUACAUAAUAGACGAUGCAUCAGGAUUGUGCAUUUCACCUCAAUAUUGUAAUAAAAUAGUUGCUUCUAAUUCAUAAAUUAUCAGAAAGCAGACAAGAAAUCGAUUUUUAAAUUUAACUUAUACAGAAUUUAUAUAUACAUAAACUGAAAAAUUAUUUAACAGAAUUUAGAAUUAAUCAAAUUUUCAUUUGUUGAAAUUAACUUUCGGAGGCGAAUUCUAAAAUUAACGAAUCAGAAAUUACUGGUAAAAAUUUUGAUUGGCUAAUUUUCCAAUUCGCGCCGAAAUUUUUCUGCCGAAUGUUUCAUUUGAAAUAAAGUUUUUAAUUAUGUCAUUAAUAAAUUUCAAAAAUUAUUUUAUUAUUAUAUUAUAUUAAUUUUAUAUUAUAUAUUCUCAUGUUUUAAAACAAACUUUUUUUUUUUGCAAAUUCCAAGUAUAAAACUACAUAAGAAAGUUGAGGGUACCAUGAGUGACCUUGAAAACUGGUAUAUGGUAUAUAUCUCGAAGAGUAAAAAGAACGUGCGUACUUAGUGUACUCACGAAGUUUAACUCCUUUGUCGUAUAAACUCCGAAUACAUGUACUUCAAACAAUUACGUACGGCAAUUUACAAGACAUGAAGCAUCGUAUGUACAUAUACACGAUUCUCUCUUUAUUACAUUUGUUCUUUUUCAUCUUAUCUGUUUGGCGCGCAUAACUCGUUAAAUUCAUUAAAUUGAUUUCUUCU